AUGACGAUGGUUAUGGAAAACCAGAACCGCCCCUAUGGCGGCAUGAGCUUCGACAAUGUCUACCACCACACCCCACCACAAUUCACAGAUCCGUGGGCGGCGCACACUUCGUCGCACUCGACACCCCCAGUCUAUGCGACUUCCAUGGGUAAUGGUGCCAGCAUGGGUCUCAGUCAGGUCAAGCAGGAGGAGGUGAACCGCACCGGAAUGUCUAUGCCGUACCCGAACAUCCCUGUGUCCGCCCCCUCAAUGGUGGCUGGGAGCACCUACGCAGCCGCCAGCUAUGGCCCCGAGGUAAUGGGAAUGCAACAUGAGGUGCCACGCACAACUUUCGACCAGGCUCCUUCCUACACAACCGCUCCCCCAAUGAGCAGUUUCGCACCUUCCAGCUAUGCAUACGCCCCCAUUCACCCCUCUCCGCAAGACGCACGCCGUAUCUCGCACUCAGAUGCCGCUCGCGUUGGUUCUUCAGCCCCCGCUCCCACUUUCGGUGACGCGCUCGACGCCAGCCGUGGAAUGGUCGCUCUCAGCCAGGACUUGACCCCGCGCAACAUCUACGGCCCCGGCCCUCGCGGCACGCGAACCUCAGCCGAUUCCUACGGUUUCCCCUCCACCCAGUCGUCCGCCUCAUCCAUCUCCUCCGGCAGCAACUACCCCUACUACAGCGCUUCGGUGGGUUCCGUCGACUCCUCCGUGACAGACUACAGCUCCACAACUUCCGAGUCAUACGAAUCGCGCACUCUUCCCCGGCCGACCAGCCUUUUGGCCGGCAGUGCCCCCCUGGCCCGCAAUCAAUGA